AUGUAAGAACGUUUUAUGAGGGCUAUCCAAGAGUUGGAUGCUCUUUUAGCAGAAACCGAAACUGGCAAAAUUAAGCUUAGUCUUACUCUUAAAGAUUUAGCAUAAUUGCAUCACUUACAGUCUAGACUUCAAGAGUGUAAGUUUCUCAAUUCCAUCUACUCAGAGGAAAGCAGAAUUAAGUAACUGUCUCUCUUAUCAACUUUAGAUAAUACCUUAGUAAAGCUGUGACAGUUAAUCUAUAAAUAUAAGAAGAAUUGUGUUCCACUAUAGAGUCUCAAAUGGAUUCAAUUACAGUAUCCCAUUAAUAAAUAAUUAAGUCUAACUUUAAACAUUUAGAUAAGUUAAUUCUCUAUAUAUUGAAUUAAACUAUGAAUAGAGCUACCAUGAAAAAUGUACUUUAAUAAAUUAGCAAUAUUAUUUUGGGCAGUAAUAAUUUCACCAUGCUUCGAUUCUAAGAAAAAUCUGUUGAGAGUGUCUCUACUGAUCAGUUUAUUGAGGUAAAUUAUUCUUCUCAAAAUAGUAAUAACUCUCUUAACAAUAGAAAUUAUAACUUUACUAAUAAUUUCGUGGUGAUCAACUUGAAAUAAUCACUUUCUAACCUAAUGAGCAAUUGCAACACAUAUUCAAAUGCAAUUUAUUAUAGGUGAUUAGAGUACCUCAAAAAAUGAAUGCUUAAACCCAUUCCUCACUCAUCAUAUAUGAAGCACAACAAUUAGCCUUAUUGCCAUUAUCCAAACCCCAUUAAAUUAAAUUGAUUUGUGAUCAACUUAUCACUAUAGGUUAUGACUAUUUAAAUGAGAAUUUCCAGUAAACAUUUCUGCUCAAUAUCAUUUAGUAAAGAUGAUUUAAUCAAUUCAGUUAGAGCCAUUGGGUAAUUUUUAAUAAAAAAUGCUCCAAUCAUAUUUUAGGAAUACAUUAGAAAUGAAAUACAAAAAAAACUCAAUACAAAAUGGUAUUCUUUAAUUACAUUUUAAAGUGAAAUAAUUUAAUCAACAAAAAACUCCAAAGACACUAGUUUUGCAAUAAUAGAAAAUUAAACGAAGUGUUUUAUUCCAGUUAUGUCGAAUCAAGUUGUUUAAUUUUAUUUGCAUAUGGAAAAUGUAACUUUGGACAUAAUCACUUUUGCAGAUUUUGUAUUUAUCCAUCUGAUCUAUAUUAGAUGUCACAAUUAUGGUAGCACUUUAAACAUUCAUUAAGAGAAUUAAAAGAUAAAGAAUUUCUAUACUAAAUUAUUGAAGUAAGUACACCAACGAAAUUAGUAAUUGCAUCUGAUCUUCAUUUAAAUAUCAUUUAUUAAAGUGGUUCUGUACCAUCUUCAUGGAAUUUUUUGGAUCUGAGCAAUUAAUAAAUUGAUUGUUAUUAAAAUUUGACAGAAAUUAAAAUGGAAAAAAUUUAUAAAACAAUGUUACUUUCAUCAAUAGAUGAAGUUUAGUAAAGCAAAAAAGGUGCAAUUGAUGCUGGAUAAAUCAUAUAUCAUGAUAAAUAUGUUGAUAUUGCAAUUUAUGUAAAAAAAGACGAAAAAAAUGAAAUAAAUUAAUUCUUUAUUGUAUUCGAUUAACCAAAGAAAAGAUUUGAAUCACAACGUCAGUCAAAAAGUGAGAUCAAAGUAUCAGAAACUCUAGCAAGCUUGAAAUAAGAGAAAAUAGAAAAAGCAUGUUUGGUUUUAUAAGAAACAUUGAAUCUUAAUUUAUAAACAGAGGAAAUUAUUGAAAUGCUUAAGGAGCAUGCAUUGAUGACAAUUAUUGAAUAAAAAGAAUAAAUUACUGAAGAUAUCAGAUAAACUUAUGUUUUAGAAUAUUAUAGAAAUUCUGAACAAGUGUAAACAUAUCGCAGAACAAUAAGUGAACCUGAUACUCCUUUUGCAACUAAAACUUUAAUAUAAGAACAGUAAUUGACUAAUGCAAAAAGUAAUUAUGUAAUUAAUUAAAUUAGAAAUGGAAUUAUUUUAAUUAAGACCCGAUGAUUUGGAAAAUUUAGCUAAUUGGUGUUUUGAUAUCACAGUUUAAAAGGAUUAAAUAAAGCAUUAUACUUGGGCAUUAUUCCAUUUAUUAAACUAUUUUGACAAAUACUAGAUGUAUAAGGAAACAUUUUUUCAAUUUUUAGUUGCAAUAGAAGAGAGAUACAAUAGUCGACGUAAUCCCUUUCAUAAUUUUGAGCAUGGCUUUACUGUAGCUCAUGCAUGUUAUUAUAUGAUAAAAAAUAAACUUUUAGAUGGAUAUUUAGAUGAAACUGAAUAAUUUGCAGCAAUAUUGUCAUCUUUAUGUCAUGAUAUAGAUCAUACAGGUCGUACAAAUGGAUUUGAAGUAGCAAGAAUGUCAAAAUUGGCUGUUCGUUACAAUGAUGAAAGUGUUUUAGAAAAUCAUCAUGCAGCAAUGACUUUUAAAAUAAUGUAGAGAGAGAAAUAUAAUAUAUUAUCUAAUCUUUCUCAAGAAUAAUUUCAAAAAGUAAGAAGAUUCAUGGUUUCAAACAUUUUAGCAACAGAUAUGAAGAAACAUUUUGAUUUAGUUUCUUAAUUUGAAAUCAAGUAUAAAAAUGGAGAAAUGAAUAUAAUUAAUAUGGAAUCAAAGCGUGUUUUAUCAGGAUUGAUAGUUCAUACUUGUGAUUUGAAUUAGCCAACAAAGAAAUUUGAAAUAACUAAGAAAUGGUCUAUAAGAAUAUAGAAUGAGUUUGAUAAUUAAGUAGAAGAAGAAAGAUUAUUGGGAUUGCCUGUAACUCAACAUUUAGUAUGUUAAAAUUUACCAAAAUAAGAAUUGUCAUUUAUAAGAGUAUUUACAAUAUUAAUUAUAGAACAUCAUUUAACCUUUAUAUGUGUUGACAUCAUCGAUUUUGAAUAAUGGAUUAUAAAUUGCAUUGACAUAUUUGGAAGAGAAUGAAAAAGAAUGGACUAAAUUACUGAAUUGAUAAAAGAAAUAUGGAUGCAUUGAUUUAAUAAUAA